AUAGGAGGUAGAGAGAAAGCUCGCCAAAGCCAUGUAGCAAAAAACAAGUUAUUACCUCGUGAUCGAUUAAAUAGGCUUCUGGAUUCAGGCUCUCCUUUCUUGGAACUCUCUCAACUCGCUGCAUACAACUGCUAUAAAGAUCAUGUUCCAGCAGCAGGCAUGAUUACAGGAAUCGGCCGUAUAUCUGGUACUGAAUGCAUGAUUAUCACGAAUGAUCCAACGGUUAAAGGUGGAACUUACUAUCCCCUCACUAUGAAAAAACAACUCAGGGCCCAAGAUAUAGCUUUCGAGAAUCAGUUACCCUGUGUCUAUUUAGUGGAAUCCGGUGGAGGAUAUCUCCCUUUACAAUCUGAAGGAUUUGCUGAUAAAUAUCAUUUUGGCAGAACUUUCUAUAAUCAGGCGAAAAUGUCAGCGGCUGGUAUUAAACAGGUCGCUAUAGUAUUAGGAUCAUGCACUGCUGGCGGUGCAUAUGUACCGGCAAUGUCUGAUGAAGUUAUUAUGGUCAAAAACCAAGGAACUUUAUUUCUUGGUGGCCCACCUCUGGUCAAGGCUGCUACUGGUGAAAUUGUCAGUGCAGAGGAACUUGGAGGGGCUGAUAUUCACUGCAGUAUUUCAGGGGUAAGCGACCACAUAGCAGCGGAUGACGAUCAUGCAAUGCAUUUAGCUCGACAAAUUAUUUCUACUCUUGCUCACAGAAGAGAGAUUAAAAAUGAAAUAUUGCCCCCCGAAGAACCAGCUUACCCAUCAGAUGAAGUCUAUGGAAUAGUAGGGGACAAUUCGGAAAGUAGUUAUGAUGUUAGACAGGUUAUCGCAAGAUUGGUUGAUGGCAGUAGAUUUCAUGAAUUUAAAGAAAAUUUCGGUACAACGUUAGUUACAGGAUUUGCUCGUUUACAUGGAUUUCUGGUUGGUAUAAUUGCAAAUAAUGGUGUUAUGUCAUCAGAAUCAGCGUUGAAGGGUACACAUUUCAUUGAACUAUGUUGCCAGCGUGACCUGCCGAUAGUAUUCCUAGAAAAUAUUACCGGUUUUAUGGUGGGAAGAGAACAUGAAGCUGGAGGAAUAGCAAAGAAUGGAGCCAAGAUGAUUGCUGCUAUCGCUUGUGCAAAAGUUCCGAAGCUAACCGUUGUUAUUGGUGGGAACUAUGGGGUCGGUAGCCUAUCAAUGGCUGGUAGACCUUACGGCCCUAGAUUUUUAUUUACUUGGCCGAAUUCAAGCACUUCGAGAAUGGAAGAAGAGCAGAUUGAAGAUGCUCAAGCUAACGUCACUGCUUACCAGAAGGAAGGCGAAAAUAAAACAGCAGCAACAAAGGUAGAAGCUGUAAAAGAGUCAGUUGUCGGAAAUUAUGAGGGACAUCCAUACUAUGCUUCAGCAAGGUUAUGGGAUGACGGGAUUAUUGAGCCUGCUGAUACCAGAAAAAUAUUAGGAAUGUGCUUACAUCUAAGCUGUAGUAUAUCGCUCGAAAAAUCUAAAUUUAGCGUAUUUAGGAUGUAA